AUGUAUCGCAUUACUUAUUGGCUACUUUAUGGUCACUACUGUUACUCGCUCGCUCUGGGUACACUACGUUUUCGUUAUGAUUUCAAUAGCAACAAAGCGCACAUCACACCUUUCAUCACAUAUUACAGCGCUGUUAUGAAUGUGCUGGCUUUAACAACAUUGCCUUGGACUUACUACACAGCUGUAUGCACAUUUCUGAAAAACGAGCGUGUGAGCCGCCUGGGUCUCUAUGUCUUCAUAGCGACCAAAACACUGCGUUUACUGGCUGUGGCGCUGGUCAUCGUCUACAAUUGGCAGCGGCGUCGUGAUAUCUUGAAGUUUAUACGGGAUAUUAACCAUUUGCGUUGCGUUUACUUCGCACGCUUUCCAGUACCGUUCGAGUGGCAACGACGCUUCGAAAUAAAGAUCAUAAAAAAUAUGCUCUCUGGUAUACUCUUCGAUGCCUUAAGGCUCAUCAUAGUGCUUGGUGUUCAUAAAAAUCAGGUGAACGUGACCUUCAUUAUCAGCAACGUGUUGUUCUCUCUCAUCUCCAAUAUUCUCUAUUUGAAUAUGAAUCACUACUAUUUUGCCAUGCGAACCAUUAUACUCUUCGGGAAUGUGUUAAAUCGCCAAUUAGCCGAUAUUAUUAAAUCUGCGAAAUCCGUGACACGACUACGAGAUCAUCAGCGCUGCCGAAAGCAAUUCAAGGCGCGCUGUCUCACAUUAAGCCGCGAGCUGGACGAAUUGGCGUUGGUGCAUGUACAGCUGCAGAGCUUGGCCUUACGCAUAAAUGACAUAUUGAAAUGGCAAGGUGUGGGCGUACUGCUCAAUGUGUUCAUUUUAAAUAUUUCUUUAAUACACACCAUUUAUUCGGUGUUGUGGGUCGGUGAGUUCACAAUCAGUCAAUAUGGCUGGGUGUCUGUAUUGAUGGGCAUCGCAUAUCUGGUCUACACUGUGGACAUGGUGGAUUUUUUUGUUACGAUACUCGAGCACGUGCGUGUGUUUCACAAGCCUUCUAUACAUUUGGAGCUGCAUGCUAACCUGCCGCAGAUGAACAAGGAGUUCGAACGAAGUGUAGAGAGCUUUCAGCUGCAGCUGUCGACUAACGAAUAUCAAAUAAGCUUAUUGGGUUUAUUCAAUUUCAACAGCGAAUGUGUGUUCUCAAUGUUUGCUUCGGUGGUGGCUAACUCUAUUUUAAUUAUACAAUUUGACUAUCAAUAUUUCCAGUAAACCAACGGCUUGGUUUAGUACAUCGGUAGACUGUCAGAAGUGAAUUUAGCCCCUACACAAGCUAUUACAGUCAACGUGGAUCUCGUAGUCACCAAAAGAUAGUACUUUUCAAAAAGUGUUCAACUCAGUGGUUAGUUAGUGGAGAAGACCAGUUUGCGAGAACUAAAACUUGCAUUUUAAAUAAACCAAAAGAAGAAAUUGACGCCGCUUUAUAAAGAAUUCCUCUUCAACCCACUGUUCCAGGAGUCUCCACGAAUGCUUUGUAUCAUCUUUUGGGCAAAUAACGCGAGGUUCGGCACUUUUCGCUUUACUUGCAACCAAAGCUUUCCUAUGGCACUACAAAAACUUUCAUCCCCGCUUACCUUAUCUUAAUAAAUAUAUGCCCCAUCGUGCUAUGUGUGUGUAAAUAUAUACCAAAGUCUAAACCAAUUCGUGUUUACUCGAGCAUCAAAUGCAAUUCACAUUUUAUUCGUCACUCUGGAAAUUUAUUUGCAGAAAGAAAAUCGAAAGCAAGCAGACAGAAGCCACCUCAUUUGAAGAAGUCACUGUAAUAGGAAGGGAGUAGAGUUGAGAAUAACAAUAAGGCUGGGAUUUCGGUGAACUGCAGUCAUGUUAAAAGACAUAUAUACAACGGGUUAAACUCACUUUCUUACUGCUAUAGUCGUGCAGAUUUCAAAAUCUCUGACAUUCAAGGCAUUUUAUAGUGGCCUCAUGUGUGUAGGCUUAUGUAAUUAGCUAUUUCUGUACAUAAUCUAGUCCUAAAGGCUUUGACAAGCAAGACACUUAACCAUGAGCAACAAAAUCAUUAAUUUACCGACUCUACGUUAGCGUGAGAGACACUCACAUAUAUGAGCCCUUGAUUUUGAAAGUGGUAUAAGUCAAAAAUUUUAAAAAUCUA